AUGUGGCUCCUGGCGCUGUGUCUUGUGGGGCUGGCAGGGGCUCAACGGGGGGGAGGGGUCCCUGGUGGUGGCACCCCAGUCGGCCAGGGCCUGGGCCUCGGCAGCCUCGGGGAGGAGCGCUUCCCAGUGGUGAACACAGCCUACGGGCGAGUGCGCGGUGUGCGGCGUGAGCUCAACAACGAGAUCCUGGGCCCCGUCGUGCAGUUCUUGGGUGUGCCAUACGCCACGCCACCCUUGGGUGCCCGCCGCUUCCAGCCGCCUGAGGCCCCCGCCUCGUGGCCCGGCGUGCGCAACGCCACCACCCUGCCGCCCGCCUGCCCGCAGAACCUGCAUGGGGCGCUACCCGCCAUCAUGCUGCCUGUGUGGUUCACCGACAACUUGGAGGCAGCCGCCACCUAUGUGCAGAACCAGAGUGAGGACUGCCUGUACCUCAACCUCUACGUGCCCACCGAGGACGGUCCGCUCACAAAAAAACGUGACGAGGCGACGCUCAAUCCGCCAGACACAGAUAUCCGGGACUCCGGGAAGAAGCCUGUGAUGCUGUUUCUGCAUGGCGGCUCCUACAUGGAGGGCACUGGGAACAUGUUCGAUGGCUCUGUCCUGGCCGCCUAUGGCAACGUCAUUGUAGCCACACUCAACUACCGGCUUGGGGUGCUCGGUUUUCUCAGCACUGGAGACCAGGCUGCAAAAGGCAACUAUGGGCUCCUAGACCAGAUCCAGGCCCUGCGCUGGCUCAGUGAAAACAUUGCCCACUUUGGGGGUGACUCCGAGCGCAUCACCAUCUUUGGGUCUGGGGCUGGGGCCUCCUGUGUCAACCUUCUGAUUCUCUCCCACCAUUCAGAAGGGCUGUUCCAGAAGGCCAUCGCCCAGAGUGGCACCGCCAUUUCCAGCUGGUCUGUCAACUACCAGCCACUCAAGUAUACUCGGCUACUGGCGGCCAAGGUGGGCUGUGACCGAGAGGACAGUGCCGAAGCUGUGGAGUGUCUGCGCCGGAAGCCUUCCCGGGAGCUGGUGGACCAGGAUGUGCAGCCUGCCCGCUACCACAUUGCCUUCGGGCCCGUGGUUGACGGUGACGUCGUCCCCGAUGACCCUGAGAUCCUCAUGCAGCAGGGAGAAUUCCUCAACUACGACAUGCUCAUUGGGGUCAACCAAGGAGAAGGCCUCAAGUUCGUGGAGGACUCUGCAGAGAGCGAGGACGGUGUGUCUGCCAGCGCCUUUGACUUCACGGUCUCCAACUUUGUGGACAACCUAUAUGGCUAUCCAGAGGGCAAAGAUGUGCUGCGGGAAACUAUCAAGUUUAUGUACACAGACUGGGCCGACCGGGACAAUGGCGAGAUGCGGCGCAAGACCCUGCUGGCCCUCUUUACUGACCACCAGUGGGUGGCACCAGCUGUGGCCACCGCCAAGCUGCAUGCUGACUACCAGUCCCCUGUCUACUUUUACACCUUCUACCACCACUGCCAGGCUGAGGGCCGGCCUGAGUGGGCAGACGCAGCACACGGGGAUGAGCUACCCUAUGUCUUUGGUGUGCCCAUGGUGGGUGCCACCGACCUCUUCCCCUGCAACUUCUCCAAGAAUGAUGUCAUGCUCAGCGCCGUGGUCAUGACCUACUGGACCAACUUCGCCAAGACUGGCGACCCCAACCAGCCGGUGCCGCAGGACACCAAGUUCAUCCACACCAAGCCCAACCGCUUUGAGGAGGUGGUAUGGAGCAAGUUCAACAGCAAAGAGAAGCAGUACCUGCACAUUGGCCUGAAGCCUCGUGUGCGUGACAACUACCGCGCCAACAAGGUGGCCUUCUGGCUGGAGCUCGUGCCCCACCUGCACAACCUGCACACAGAGCUCUUCACCACCACCACGCGCCUGCCUCCCUACGCCACGCGCUGGCCGCCUCGCCCACCCCCUGGCGCCCCAGGCACACGCCGGCCCCCACCGCCCGCCACCCUGCCACCUGAGCCCGAGCCCGAGCCAGGCCCCAGGGCCUACGACCGCUUCCCCGGGGACUCACGGGACUACUCCACGGAGCUAAGUGUCACUGUGGCCGUGGGCGCCUCCCUCCUCUUCCUCAACAUCCUCGCCUUUGCUGCCCUCUACUAUAAGCGGGACCGGCGGCAGGAGCUGCGGUGCAGGCGGCUCAGCCCACCCGGCGGCUCAGGCUCUGGUGUGCCUGGUGGAGGCCCUCUGCUUCCCACUGCGGGCCGUGAGCUGCCCCCAGAGGAGGAGCUGGUAUCACUGCAGCUGAAGCGGGGCGGUGGCGUGGGGGCAGACCCUGCUGAGGCCCUGCGCCCCGCCUGCCCACCCGACUACACCCUGGCCCUGCGCCGGGCACCGGACGAUGUGCCUCUCUUGGCCCCUGGGGCCCUGACCCUGCUGCCCAGUGGCCUGGGGCCUCCACCACCACCACCACCCCCGUCCCUCCAUCCCUUUGGGCCCUUUCCCCCACCUCCUGCCACUGCUCCCAGCCACAACAACACGCUACCGCACCCCCACUCCACUACUCGGGUAUAGGGGGCGGCCUGGGGAGGCCCUCCUCCCCAGCCCUCCCGGCAAGUCCGGUGGGAAGUGCCACUUGAAGGGAGGGAGGAGGACUUGGCAGCAGGCUUUUCUCGCGUGGAGCUGUCACACAUCAAGGAGCGUUAGGUGGACACAGGUUUCCUCACCAGGAUGUGUGCUUUUCCCACAUGGAGAAGCCCAUUCUCUUCUCCGGACCUGGGCCUUCGAACAACUGGGGGUGUUUUUUUUCCUCCAUUGGGACACCAGUCUUCAGUGUGCAGAAACGUGGAAGUAUUUUCCCACGUGGAGGUGUGCUUUCUCAUGAGGGGGUGUGUUUUCCCAUGUGCAGGGUGAGGUUUUUUUUUGCCGCCCUGGACACAUGUUGGCCCCCUCAAAGAAUUUCUGCGGGGAUUUGUACCCCAGAAUCCUGUUCCCUCAUGCCUUCUCCCACCUCCUCCCCUCCCCACCUCUUGGAGACCCUGGAAGUGGUAUGUUCAUGCACAGUGACCCUUGCCCACCAGAAAACACAGGGUGGUGCCUGGGAAGUGGGCAAGGAAAUCACAGCACCCUCAGCCCUGCCCCACACCCUCCUAUGCUCCAGCAAAGCAUGUUUGUCCCCCAUGGCACAAGUCAGAUGAAGCAUGUUCUCCUGGGUAGGCCUUGCCUUCCACAGAUGACUGAUACAGAUUCCCUGCCUGGGGGAUGGGAGGAGAUCCGUGCAUCCCUGUGCUGCCUGGGAAUUUGUUUUCCCAUGGGUCCAGGACACAUUUCUCUGAGUGGAAACAUGUUCUUGCAUGUGGAUGUGUGUUUUCCCAUGCAGAGGGUCCUUUUCUCUCCAGCCUCUUCCCUUCAUCCCCCAGGCCUCAGGCCCAGCACUUAAUUCCUCUGCACACAGCAGGUGGGAACAGACUUCCAGUCAGCAAAAGCUGAGGAGGCUGUACAAAUAGUGGGAAGGAGAGCUCUGCCCCUCCCUCCCCCAGAGCUGCUGAGUUUGGUAGGGAGGUGACACCUGCCACCCACAGAGGCCAUGCAUGUUUUUGACCAAAGUCCUCAUUGGGCUCUGAGGGCAGCCUUUCCCUCAGUCCUCAGACCAUUGCUCAUCUGUGCCAAACUGGGUAGGUGGGUUUGAGAGGAAGACCCCCAAAAUGUGCCAAGGAUUCCCAAGUCCCAGGCCAGGGCAGAUAAACUUGGGGGCAGGUGGGACAGAGUAGAAGUCAAGUGGGAGCCAAAGGGGUCCUGCCUGUGUCUCUCCUCUCCCCGCCAUGUCUCUGCCCUCCCUCUCUGCCUCAGAAUCACAUUCCUCCAUCUCUGUCUCCCACUUUGAAGCCUUCCUGUCUCAGUGUCAGACCAGCUGCUCCCUCAGCUGCCCACCCCCGUCUUCCAUGGGACCCGGGGCUGAGGGAAUGGAGGGGGUGGGGGAGGGGGAGAGCAGGGGAGAAAGGUUUCACGGACAGGCCAGGGAGAGAAUGAGGUUAGCUGUGCAGAGGAAGAGAUGGAGGGGGCAGUGGGGGUCAGGGCUGGAGCGGACUCCAGCAGGAAGAGUUUGAAAGGACUUGUAUGAGGUGCCUGGAGAGCACCCACCUGAGGAGAAAGGGUUUGGGCCUCUGGGGAAAAAAAUGAUGUCAGGAAGGAUUUUAAGGGACACCAUUGGCGAAGGAGAGAAUCUUCAUCUGCUGGCAUUUUGUGGGUUUGUUAGUGUCAAGCUUAGUAGGGGGUGGGGUGUUGUCUUCCACUGACACCCAAAUCCAGAAUCCCUGGUCUUGGCUUCCCAGAACUUUGCCGCCUCACUGUCCCUUCUCCCAUCUCCACUCAUGGAAACUUAGUUCUUUUCUGCCACCUUCCCCUGCCUGGUCUAGCUCUUCUCCAAACAGCCAUGUCCUUUAAAUGCUAGGGACCUGAGCCCUAAAACCUGUGGGCAGAUGCCCCCUGAAUUGGGGCAUGGGAGGGGGGCUGGGGGACCCCAUGAUUCAGCCACGGACUCCAAUGCCCAGCCCCUGUCCUCAGAACAACUCCCUGACAAUCCCAUGUCCCCACCCCAACCCUUUGCGGCUCUGUACACAUUUUUAAACCUGGCAAAAGAUGAAGAGAAUAUUGUAAAUAUAAAAGUUUAACUGUU